AGAAACACUGAAAUUGAGGAUUAUCUCCAGCAGAGAGAUGCAAAACUUCAAGCUGGUUCAUUUCAAGCAGUUCAAGUAUGGUGCUAUGAGAGAUACUGCUGUCCAUGACUCACUGGAAUUAUCAUGAUCAACUACUCUGUUUUGAUUUCACCCAGUGGCAAACAACUUCGUAUCCUAUACAGCAAAGUGGGAACUUUUAAAAAGGGUACAGCAGAAAUAUUUCACAGGAAACUCCAACCUCUUAGUCCAAGCUAAUUUCAAUCGACUGCUUCAGAGAAAGGACCCAACCCAGAGAAGUGGCAUGAGCGGUAUCUCUGGGGAAACAAGCUAAAGCAAUCAGUAGCCUUGGAGAAGAAGAUCAAGACCCGUGACCAAGGAGUAGACUAUAGAGGUGGAGUCAUGCUUCACCCGGCCACUUCAUGUUGGCAGCCAUUCCUAGGUUUGGCUGUCCUAUUAGUUCUCAUGGGCUCUACCAUAGCUUGCCCAGCUCGCUGUGAGUGCUCAGCUCAAAAUAAAUCUGUCAGCUGUCACCGCAGGCGGCUGACUUCCAUUCCUGAAGGCAUCCCCAUUGAGACCAAAAUCCUUGACCUAAGCAAGAACAGGCUAAAGAGUGUCAACCCUGAGGAAUUCACAUCUUAUCCACUGUUGGAAGAAAUCGACGUGAGUGACAACAUCAUCGCCAAUGUGGAGCCUGGAGCCUUUAACAGUCUUUUCAACCUGCGUUCCCUUCGAUUAAAAGGAAAUCGCCUGAAGCUGGUCCCCCUGGGGGUAUUCACAGGACUGUCAAACCUCACCAGACUGGACAUUAGUGAAAACAAGAUUGUAAUUUUGCUGGAUUACAUGUUCCAGGAUCUGCAUAACCUGAAAUCCCUGGAAGUGGGAGACAAUGAUCUGGUUUACAUCUCCCACAGGGCCUUCAGUGGGCUACUUAGCCUGGAGCAACUCACGCUGGAGAAAUGCAACUUAACAGCAGUACCAACAGAAGCCCUCUCUCACCUUCACAACCUCAUCAGCCUGCACCUGAGAUAUCUCAACAUCAACAUUAUGCCUGUAUAUGCCUUUAAGAGACUGUUCCGCCUGAAACACCUGGAGAUUGACUAUUGGCCUCUCCUGGACAUGAUGCCUGCCAACAGCUUGUACGGCCUAAAUCUCACUUCUCUCUCCAUCACCAACACCAACCUGUCCACAAUCCCGUACGCUGCUUUUAAACACCUGGUUUACCUAACACACCUCAACCUCUCCUACAAUCCCAUCAGCACCAUUGAAGCUGGGAUGUUUGCCGACUUGGUCCGGCUGCAGGAGCUACACAUGGUGGGGACCCAACUUCGCACCAUCGAGCCACACGCCUUCCAAGGACUCCGCUUCUUGCGUGUGCUCAAUGUGUCACAGAACCUUCUGGAAACUCUAGAAGAAAAUGUCUUCUACUCUCCCAGAGCCCUGGAGGUCUUGUCCAUUAGCAACAACCCACUGGCUUGUGACUGCCGCCUCCUUUGGAUAUUACAAAGGCAACCUACCUUACAGUUUGGAAACCAGCAACCCAUGUGCGCUGGUCCAGACACUAUCAGAGAAAAGUCAUUCAAGGAUUUCCACAGCACUGCCCUGUCCUUUUACUUCACCUGCAAAAAGCCCAAGAUCCGUGAUAGGAAGAUGCAGCAUCUGCUGGUGGAUGAAGGGCAGACGGUUCAGCUUGUCUGCAAUGCUGAUGGUGACCCACAGCCAGUGAUCUCCUGGGUGACACCCCGAAGACGACUGAUUACCAACAAGUCCAAUGGAAGAGCUACGGUGUUGGGAGAUGGUACCCUGGAAAUCCGCUUUGCCCAAGACCAAGACACUGGCAUCUAUGUCUGCAUUGCCAGCAAUGCUGCCGGCAACGAUACCUUCACGGCCUCUCUUACAGUGAAAGGAUUUGCCUCGGACCGUUUCCUCUACGCAAACAGGACCCCUAUGUAUAUGACAGAUUCCAACGACACCAAUUCCAAUGGCACCAAUGCCAACACAUUCUCCUUGGACCUUAAGACCAUACUGGUGUCCACAGCCAUGGGCUGUUUCACAUUCCUCGGAGUGGUCUUAUUUUGCUUCCUCCUCCUGUUUGUGUGGAGCCGAGGCAAAGGCAAGCACAAAAACAGCAUUGAUCUAGAAUAUGUCCCACGCAAAAACAAUGGUGCUGUCGUGGAAGGGGAGGUGGCUGGACCUAGGAGAUUCAACAUGAAAAUGAUCUGACGGUCUCCCAGUAGCAGUGCUUUUUUCUGUUCAUAACCAAUAAACCAGCCUGGCAUGGCAAAUUGCUAGGUGGAGAGGCAAGCUUUAAUGCAGCUGCCCCUGUGUCUAAUGGGUUAUACAGAAAUGGGAAGACUUAUUUGUGGUUGUUCAGUGGAGCCUCUUCCCCAAGAGGCAAGUGUGUGUCAGGGCCUUUCACAAAGUUGGUUUACUAAUUGUUUGCAUUGCAAAUAUUGGCAUUCUGGGGAUCUCAGUAAUGAACCGUUGGCUCAUGUUCAUGGACAAUUGUUCAACAUUUUCUACCACUACAAAGAGAAAAAGGGAAAAAAGAACAACCUACAGUGUAGGAUUUACAUAUUACAAAAGACACAUUUGUCUAAAACAUACUCUACAGUAAAAAUUUGUAUCGCUACUUAGCCUCUGUUAAAACCUUGCAUCAUAUCCCUUGUCGGUUCAGCACCAAAAAGAAAUGGACCUCAGCUUUUCUUUUCUUUUUUAAUCUCUUCAUAUAGAUCGGGUAUGAUUUAAAGCAAUAUGUAUGAGAGGUUGUGCUGUUAGCUAUGAACCACUGCUGACCCCAGUGUGAUGACCCUCCCGUAACUCAAGUCAACCCUGAAACUAGGCUUCUGUAUGUACUAAUAAGAGAGAUUGUUUGGCUCACAUAGGACACCAGAAAACACCUCCAAGGCAAAAUGUUCAGCUCUGAGAUCUUCAGUUCAUAUAAAUAAAGGCAUGUGCCUAGUUUUGAUACAGAAUGGAAUAUUUUUUAUACCUGUGAUAUCACACUGGACCAGUUUAGAAUAACAAAGCCCAGGAGUGGGUAUGUUACUAAGAUGUGGUCAACCUUUCAAAGGCAAGGUAGAUGUUAAUAAUGAAAGUUUUUCGUUUUUAAUCACAACCCACUUUUAAUUUCAUAUGCCACUAUUAUUGUGCUAAUGGAAACCAAAAAAGAAAAGAAAGAAAA